AUGUCCGCAAACCCUCCGACCUUCCAAUCCGCCCUCCUCGCAGGAGCCCUCGCCGGUACAACCGUCGACCUCUCACUCUUCCCUCUCGACACACUCAAGACCCGUCUCCAGUCCUCGGCCGGCUUCUUUCCCUCCGGCGGUUUCAGCGGUAUUUAUCGCGGUAUCGGCUCUGCGCUCGUCGGUUCUGCGCCAGGCGCUGCGUUCUUCUUCUGCACGUAUGAAGGCGUAAAGGGCUUCUUGGCUGAUAAGGACAAUACUUCUGCGCCAGGAUGGAAAGCUCCCCUUGUGCAUAUGGCAGCUGCUAGCGCUGGUGAAGUGGCUGCUUGCGCUGUUCGUGUGCCGACCGAGGUUGUUAAGCAGCGUGCUCAGGCGGGUCACCAUGGUGGUUCUUCGGCUGCUGCUCUACGGGCCAUCCUGUCGCGAUAUUCGAGCCAUGGAUUUGUUCCUAUGUGGAGGGAGCUCUACCGUGGUUGGGGAAUAACCGUCUUCCGCGAAGUGCCAUUUACUGUGAUCCAAUUCCCGCUAUGGGAGGCUAUGAAGUCUUGGGGACGUGGCCGUCGGGGUGGUCGCGAAGUCACUGGUGCUGAGAGCGCUCUGUAUGGAAGUAUGGCUGGUGGAUUAUCUGCGGCGCUGACGACGCCGCUUGAUGUGCUAAAGACCAGAGUCAUGCUAUCGAAGGAGAGCGUCUCAGUAUCAGACAUGUUCGGUCGGAUAUUGCGCGAGGAGGGCAGCCGAGCCUUCUUUGCGGGUGUAGCACCACGAGUUACAUGGAUUUCUAUUGGAGGCGCAAUUUUCCUGGGAAGUUAUCAAUGGGCUAUUAACACCAUGAACGGCGUUGCAUGA